AUCGCUGAUUCAGCAGCAUCAACAUCAACAGCAAGGGAAUUUGGUAGGUGGAGGGGGGGGAGGAGUAGGAGUAGGCGGCGGCGAAAGGGGAGGAGGUGGCGGAAUGGUAGUAGGGGGGUCUUGCCAGGGGUAUGAUGGUGGUAAUGGCACGUAUGGAAGACCGCAGAGGCUGGGGGUGACGGAGGGGGAGGAGGCGGCAUUGAUGAGUGGGCGGGUUGAGAGAGGAGGAGGAGGUGGAGGAGGACGAGCAGGAGCAGUGACGUCGACGGCGGUAGAUUGCGGCGGCGCAGCAGCAACAACAUCAUCAUCAUCGGGGGGGAGGGGCGGCGACGGCGGAGAUGGUGGCGGCGGCCGUGAUGGAUCGCCAGCAGCAGCAGCAGGAGGAGAGAGCGGUGUCCUUCGAAGCCGCGGCGGCGGCUGCUUAUGCGCGCGUAGCGGCGGUGCGCAACGCCGCUCCAGCGAUUUCUUCCGCGUUGCUGGUUCCAACGGCGGCGCCGUCGCCCCCGAAGCCGACGGGCGCAGCCGCGUCUUCCGCGGCAAUGGCGGCGGGGGGGCGGCGGCGGCGGCGACGGGGUACACUCUUCCGGCUGCGGCGGGAAGAAGCUUGAUGGAGGAGGCGGCAGCGCGCACCUCAAGCGCGGCGGGCGCGGGGUUAGGUCCAGACAGUGUCAGUGCCGCCGCCAUGUCCAACGGCGGCGGAGGGGGAGUCGGUGUCCAGGUCCCCAUGCAUCAUCACCAUCCUCAUCAUCAUCAUUCGGCGAUUGCCACCGCGGCGGCGGCGGCGACGGGAACCGGAAUGGGCGUUCUUGGGGUAGUCAAUCCGUCCGCGGCAAUGGCUCCGCCGGGCCGCCACCACCUUGCGCCUGCCCCAGUCGCCGCGGUCGCGGCUAUGGAGGCUUUGACAAGGGGAAGGAGGAGGAGGACAGGUAUGGGAGGGCCGUGCAUUGGUUUCGCAACCCGAGCACGUGGGGUACAGUAUGCCCCUCAGUGCACUGUCUGCAUUCAGCUGCGGCUAUGGCGGGCCUGGUUCUGCGUGUUUCUAGUGUGCUUGAUGCUUCUCUCUUUGAAUAGCAUCUUAACCAGCCGGGCCAGGCCAUCCAUUGCCGUAACCAGCAGGGCCGGCUAUGGUGGGCGUUGCAGUGGCAAACGGGACGAAGCAAUGCGUCAGCUUCAAGCUCUUCAGAGGCAAGAGGGGGAGGGUAAUCAGCAUCUCUUCCUGAAGAGCGAUGUCAAGGGCGAUCAUAAUCUCUUGGUGGAGAAUGACUCUAAGCACACCAAGAGGUGGAGGAGGGGGGUGACGCCGAAGAAGGAGAAGGCAAUCGUCGUCCUUCCGCGAGCGAUCGACGGUCCACGUCCGUUCACGUGGAAUUCAAAUGAGGACAAGGAUGAAGAUAACGAUGACUCAGAGGAUAACAUAAAGAACGACAAUCCACGUGGAUCCGCGUGGACCAUGACACGCGGACAAUCAUCGAACUGGGAUGUGAGAGAUGGACGUGGAGGUGGAAAGGAGGAUGACGACGAGGAGGAGGAGGAGGAGGAGGAGGAAAGAGGAGGAGGAGGAGGAGGAGGACGAGGAGGAGGAAGAAGAGAGCUAUGGCAGAGACAAGAUGGGAAUGGUGGAGAUGGCCUGAAGGAGGGGAAGGUAGGUGGAGGGAAGGUGGUCGUUGCUCUCGAGCUGCAGGUGGAGGUCGGGCGACCUCAGUCGGUCACGGGCGACCACUUCCUUUGUGCGACUCUCGACUGGUGGCCGCCUGAUAAGUGUAGCUAUGGGAGAUGCAGUUGGGGCAAUGCCUCCAUCCUGAAUCUCGAUCUGUCCUCCAAGAGGCUGCUUAAGGUCGUCUCUGCCUUGUCCCCUCUCGUCCUUMGGAUAGGAGGCACGUUGGAAGACCGGAUUGUGUACGACAUGCGAGGUGGUGAGGAGAAGGGAGGGAGGAAGGAGGGAGGAGGGAGGGACGACGAGGAUGGCCGUAACUGCCCUCAGCUUAAGAGGGAUCCCUCCCAUCGCUCGGGCUAUACCAAGGGGUGCCUGACCAAGAGACGCUGGGAUGACAUCAACGCAUUUUCCAAGAGGGCGGGUUGCAAGCUGGUCUUCGGGCUGAACGCAUUGUCUGGUCGGGACGGUUGCAGUCGCGACUGCGCGCAGCAGGAGCGGCAGCGGUGGGGGAGGAGGCCUGGUGUAAGAAAAGCGGAAGGCAGUUGGGAUCCCAGCAAUGCGCGGUCGCUGCUGGAGUACACGUCGCGGCAGGGGUACGAGAUAUGGGCGUGGGAGCUGGGAAAUGAGCUCUCAGGGAGGCAAGCUAUAGUUAGCAAAGUGUCGGCAAAGCAGUAUGCUGAGGAUGUUAGACGGCUGCGAGAGCUCAUCAACGAGCUAUGGAGCUCGCCGAAGUCCGAUGAUCACAGCCGAUCUGAUGGUGAGCCCGAAGGUGGGCCGGGCGUGAGAAACAGUACCGACGAUGGGAGCCCGACCGAUCCUCGUGGAGGUCCAAUCUACACCUCGUCUGAGGAGGAGGCCAAGAGGAACGGGACCCCGAUCGUGCAUCAGCUAAGCGCCCUGCGGCAGCAGGAAGGGAGGGAGCUGAUAGGCUCACAAUCGUGGUACAAUCGAGGGAGAAGAGGAGGGGAAGGGGGAGGAGGGAGUGGAGGAGAGGAAUUUUUGAAAGACGCCAAGUUUUUGGUGGACUUUGCUUCGCUGACGAGCCCCGAUAUCAUAGAUGGUGUUUCCUACCAUAGCUACGAUCUCGGAGCUGGAAACGACCCCAAGCUGGCAGAGAAGGUGAUGAGCGCGGCCAAAGCCUCGGCUAUGGCGGCCAGCGCUCAAGCUGUCGGCUUUCAAGUGAAGGCCAAUGCCCCUUGGGCCCAGCUGUGGCAAGGCGAGACAGGUGGCGCCUAUAAUAGCGGCCAAGCGGGAGUCACUGACACCUUCAUGUCCGCCUUCUGGUACUUGAACUACACGGCUGCAACGGCGGCGAAUGGGCACAACGCCUUCUGCAGGCAGACCCUCGUCGGGGGCAAUUACGGUCUGUUGGAAGUCGGAACGUUCGAUCCCAAUCCCGACUAUUACGCUGCCCUUCUCUGGAGAAGACUAAUGGGGACACAAGCACUCGCAGUCCGCACGAUGACCGCCAUAGCCAAGAGCUCCCGAGCGAUGGAGAUGACAGCGACCAACACCGACAUGUCCGCUGGAAACACAGCGGGAGGAACAGCAGGAGGAGAGGGAGGAGGUGGAGGAGGAGCAGUAGGAGGAGGAGGGGGAGGAGGGAAAGGGAAGAGCUUUGACGACCUCAAAGCCUAUGCUCACUGCCAUCACAACAGCAGCUGGAAUCGAAAGGGCACCAUCGAGAGCCGAAACGAGGCCAGCGGGAGCCGAAGUGAGACCAGCUGGAACCGAAAUGGGCCCAUCGGGAACCCAAACGAGACCAGCAGUCGUAGAGACGAGACCAGCUGGAAUCGAGACAAGACCAGCUGGGAUCGAGACGAGACCAGCUGGGAUCGAGACGAGACAUGCGGGGACCGAGAGGAGACUAGCCGGGAUCGAGACGAGACAAGCGGGGACCGAGACGAGACUAGCCGGGAUCGAGACGAGACCACCAGACGUUCCUUCCUCACGAGUGGACACUCGCAGCUGCAGGAUUGGGAGCGGUUGUCCGAUCGAAGUGGCGCCAACGCGGAAAACAACAAAGAGGAGGAAGACGACAAAGCAGAGGAAAGCGAGGAGGAGGAGGGGGAGGAGGAGGAGGAGGAGGAGGAGGAGGAUAAGGAGGAGGGGGAGGUACUUGGAGCCUUUUUAAACCCUGAUCGGCCGGCAGACGUCAUCUAUCCCAUCACGACAAAGAGGAGGAAAACGACAAAGCAGAGGAAAGGGGGAAGGAGGAGGAUGAGGAGGAGGAGGAGGAGGAGGAGGUUGGAGCCUUCUUAAACCCUGAUCGGCCGGCAGACGUAAUCUACAGCCAUCAGGGUGACAUUGAUCAAGGACAUGAAAUGGGACGGU